CCGCGACAUUCUGUCCGCGAUACGAUUCGGCGUGAACGUGUCGUGUCCUCCUCCGGGUCCCACCGAAACGCCCGUGCCCCGGUCUAGCAAACUACCCCCCUCGAAGAAACCGGUGGUGAACAGAAGAGACACGUGAUAUCGCACUUCCGAAAUCAUCGGAAUCGGAUGAUUACGUACGAAGGAUAUUGUUUAGGGGAUAUCCUCUUGUAAAAAAAAAUAUCCUGAAAUAAUAAUCUGAUGAAUGAAGAAUAAACGUUGUUGAAUUGUCUGAAGCGUGGUGAACGAAUCGAAUUAGCCGGUAAAUCGUGGACUCUCGGGACUCAAACACGGACACUUAAUCAUUUUUAAAAGAUUAAGAGGGUGGAUUUUUAUUUGAGACCACUGGCAAUUUGUGGAACGCGGAGCGGCGCGAGAUGACAUUGUCACGAAUCGUCUUCGCGAACGAAUCCCGGUAUUUUCUGUGACAUUCAGGUGAUAUAAGUAAUCAGUGACGGGCACCGUUUCGCAGCGAUCGCCGAUUGCACUGGAACCGCGCCAAAAGGAGUCACGCUCGGGAUUGCCCCGCCGUUUCAAGUUCCGCGGUCACCACGUGGUCAGUGCAACCUGGCCGCGACAUCGCCGCGACGUGCGGUUAAAUUUAGAGAGAGAUAGAAACGAGUCCGUGGUCAGGGAAAAUUGACGGGAUUCCCGGAAUUGAAUUGUCGACUGAUCAGCGUCGAGAAUUCGACGGGGCGCGGCGCCCCCGUUUCAGUUCCGAUCGAUGGAAUGCCCGACGUAAUACCGAUCGUCACGAGUGCUGUUGCUGCUGCUCGGCAAUCGAGCCGGCUUGAUGCGCCACUGAGGGACACGCGACCGGCGAGAUAUCGAAAGGUGAUCGACAGGUGCGACCGCGCGAAAGCUGCAGUCACGUGGCCUGGGAUGAUGUAAGGUGACCUGAGAGAAACGGCGCUGCGGAGAGAGAGAGAGAAAGAAAGAGAGAGACGAAAUGACGCGCGACAGGAGGCUGCUGCUGUUGCUGGGCCUGCUGAUGGCUUACGGCCUCUUCGUGGUCGAAUGCAGGUACCAUCAGCGCGAGGACGCGACGACGACGGAGGCGAGACACCGACACAGGCACAGGCAUGAGUCCUCGAAUCGAAGAGGCCACCACGAGCUCGACAGAAGAUCCUGGCAGGAGGUGGACUACGAGUACGACGGGGACUCCGAGGACCCGAUCGACGAGGACGAUUACGAGGCGCGAUCGUAUUACGAUCAUCCCAGAUCGCAUCAUCGAUCCGCGCAGAAAAGUUAUCAUAGUCGGUUCGAGCCGCGCUAUCCGUCUAGGUAUCACAACGGCGAAUAUCACGCUGGAAGCGACUGGUACGACGAGAACAACGGCAAGCGCAGGAUCUCAUCGCGGUACAAUACGAAGAAUCACCGAUACAGACCCGGCAGGACCUACCACAGGCCCACAUAUUCGCGCAAUCGCGACGCGUCGGACUUCGACGACGACACGUCGGAGGAAGAUUAUGAUUACGAGAGGCCGCACAGGUACGGAAACGGCGAAGCAGAUAAGCACCACGAACGGUGGAGGAAUUCUAGGCGAUACCCGCCCUCCAGGAGAGACUCGAGGAACAGAAUGAACGGUCAUCACGGUGCAAGAAGACAUCGCUUGGAAGAUCACGAGGACGUCGUCGAUCGUGUCGACGUGACGAGAUGGACGGACGACUGGAAAAGAAGAUCGAACUCCUCGGACUCGAAAUACCAUUUCGCGAAGGACGACCGAAAGACGGAGGAGGACGAAGAUUACGAGGAUCACGGUGGGCUCGAGGAGGACGAUAAAGACGAGGACGAAGAAGAUAUUUGGAAAGAUAUCGCGGACGACAGGAAUGAGGACAACGAGGAGGAAGAAUUCGAUAACGAUUUUUACAAAGGCGAGACAAAGCCACCCUUGAAAACCUAUGACGAUAUCAUCCGAAGGCUCACGUCCGACGAUCCGAAAACUACUGUCAAGAGAGAUUAUCGGAAUAUCGAAACGAAUAAGCAUGUAAAGCGCGAUGGCUACAAGAAUGUCAAGCACGAAUCGAGAAACGUCUCUAGGCCGAUGGAUCUCUUCACGGGCGCGCCUCAUGCCGCUAGUACCACGUCCAAUUAUUUCGUAAAUAAACGAACUGCGGAGAACUCGACCGUCAAAUCCACUGGACAUAAGCCCUCGAAAAACACGGUCGGUGAUUCGGUGGUCAAGGACCACGAUCGGCAGGAGGGAAAGAUCGUCGAUACCCAGGCUAAGACUAAAAGCCUUGAGCAGGAUUACGACGAGUACCUGAACAGCCCGGAUAAUGAAAAGGAAGACGAUCUCAAAGCUAGAAACGAGGACGACUCGGCCAUGCAGGCAGAUGUCACCAAUACGGAUUACACCGAUGACGACAAUGGCGAGGAGGACGAGGUCGAUACCUUCACCACGUCGUCGACUACUACCACAACUACGACGACCACGACGACGAUGAGGCCGAAGACGUCACUCAACAACCAGCACUACGAUUACAAGGACCCGAGGGCCUACGACAGCGGUACCGCGGCUCAGUACAACGGAUAUCAAGCGAAAAACGAUUAUCCGCCGAUGUCUGCUCACAGCGUGCACAAGUGGCAGUCGCUCGGCACUCGCGAGGGCGUCAAAGAGACCAGGAGUAACAUCCAACAGUUUAACAAAAACGGAAAAAGUGCUGAAAUUCGAGAGGCUCUUCAGCACGCAAUUAAAGUCAACAAGGAAGGCAGCUGCCAAUGGCCACGCGCGAGAGUCAUUCCGGUUCGUGACGUUUAUCCGAGCCCAUCGACCACCUACAUUCCACACUGCGCCAUAUUGCACAGGUGCUCGGACGACACCGGAUGCUGCAGAUCGGAAGCGCUCACUUGUGUGCCGAAGCACUCUCACCGCGUCGAGCUUUCCUUCUACACCACGAGCGUGGGUGGUGGCAGCGUAGUGGAGAAGCUAUCGUUCUACAAUCACACGGAAUGUGAAUGCAAGGAGAGGUCCGAGUACGACACGACGAACGAGAAACCCGCGGACCAGAGAGUCUAUCGGCACUAUCAGUCUUCAUCGCCCCCUCAAAAUAUGAAAAAACCGCCGGCGAGAAAACCAUGCCGUUGCCCAUCGGAAUUCACGCCGAGGAUCACCCCGGAAGGAAUUUGCCAGUGUAACUGCUACGAGAGCAACGAAAAUUGUAUAAAGACCAAACGUGGAAAGGUAUUCUUCUCCCUUGCGGACAGAAUAUGCAUUCAGAACAACGAAUGCGCAAUGCCUAACUGCGAGUUCGGCGAGUACAUGAAGUGGCAAGGCAAGUGUCCGCGGAAGAGGGACACUUUCGACGCGAUGACGAACUACCGCACGAAUCUGAAUCAUCGAUUCAGAAGCUAAACGGGCCGCGGUAGACGGCAACGGAUAGCGAAGAGAACGAGGAUGACAAUCGCGAUAAAAUGCGAUUCUAGUGCCAAUGAAGACGGAGAGCACGCGACGAAGCGCACGAGAAACCGACGGUGCCAUUUUCUUCUAUGUUCUUUUAAAUGUCUUCGUCAGAGAGAGAGACUCGCUAUAUGUACAUACAUGUACGCGUAUGUUAUAUGUAUAAAAAUGUACGUCGUUAUUUAGGCACGCGUAUGUAUCGUCGUCGCUUCCUUUCUUUUUCUUGCCGCGAUCGGCGAGGAUACGAAGUGAUAACGGUCGUCGAUUUUUCAGUACCGGUGAUCGUCUCGCGGGGACAGUAAUAUAGUAUUUCGAUGUUUAAUUGAUGAGGUAUAAUUUUAUAGCGCUCGAUGUUCAGCAGCGGUUCUCUCCAUCGCGAGAGAGAGAAUAAGUAAGUUGAUAUUCAAUCGUAAGAUUUCGAGUCGUUAAGAUAAGAAGAUAAGAUUUUAUGUUAACUGAAACGAUUUCUCUAUAGGAUAGAACGAUAUAUAUAAAUUAACGAUUGCAUUAGAAAAUUAUCAGUGAUGAGAUAAAGUGCUUCUAAUAAUAAUCUUCGUGGAGAAAAGAGUGACUGUCUAUUGAGCAAGAAUCUCGACGGCAAAAGAAACUCGCCGAAUAAAAUCGCGCGGCGAGCCACCGAAAUUGUGCACGUAGAUCUGACAUGAGAAGGUGCGAUAACGUCUCUAAGUUAAUUAAUGAUAAUUUUAUACGAUAACCGAUACCUCGGGUGUCAUAGAUUUUACGCUGAGAAGAAGACCUCGGACGUGAGCCUAGUCUGAGAUCCUGUUUCCGUUCUGCGCGAGAGAGCUCUCGGUUCGUUGGAUCACGCGUGGAUGAUCGAAUUUGGCGAGCUGAAUUCCCCGAUGGUUGCACCCCCUCCCCUCUCCAUAGUUUUCAUUUCUUCAAUUAAACUAUACGCAACGUAAUUAUAUGACUAAUAUGCUUAUUAUGAUGAAUGAAUAAGAAAUACCAAAGCACGCGAAACACGGACACGAGCGAUCGCGCAGACUCGAAACAGAUCGUUAAUGUAGCCCCAAUUUGUAUGUUACACGAUUACAGAAUAUCUCUAUUGUAUUUAAUCGAGCAUUGAUGUACGCCCCCCUCCCCCACGUUCGUUAAUUUAAUAUUUAAUCGAUAGAGAGAGAGAGAGAGAGAGAGAGAGAGAGAGAGAGAGAGAGAGAUUGGGCGCUCUGUUCUUACACCUUCACGCAGGUGAUGUAACACACGUGAGUGGCCUAUCCACGCGCUGCGAACUGCGCGUUUGUAACUUUGUAUUUUUUAUGUUAUUAAUAAAACAGCAAAAUCACAAAGAACUAAGUACGGUAGACCAAUUGUGUGCGUCGAAACGUAAAUGCGUGCUUGGACUAUGCGAUUGUCUGCGAAUACCGCCGCUUUUCUUUACUACGUGACUAUAAUAUAAUCUAGAGAAUAUAAAAUAUAAUACUGUACGAUUUCA